CAGAUCGAAGUCCGUCGCCAUUGGUCGGAGUCGCGGAGAGGCGGCGUGACUGGCGAUGUGGCGCGCGGCGCGUCGGUUGGUUUCCGCCGUCGGGGCAGGCGGGGAAGGCUCAGCGGCGCGCUCUCUCUUUUCUGCGGUCUCUCAGGUGCGCAGUCCUCGUCGGUGCCUCCGCCCGAAAAACGUCUCGUCGCCGCGUCCUUUGAUCGGCCUGCGGGGCAAGGCGGUGUGGCCUGGAAACGGAGAGCGUACUUUUCUUAGAAAGGUCAAUAUUGCAGCCAUGCCAGAAAUAAAUACGGAUGAUCUAGAUGAGCAGCAGGUACAGCUGUUGGCAGAGAUGUGCAUCGUGAUUGAUGAAAAUGACAACAGAAUUGGUGCAGAUACCAAGAAAAACUGCCAUCUCAAUGAAAACAUUGAAAAAGGAUUGCUGCAUCGUGCUUUCAGUGUUUUCUUGUUCAAUUCAGAGAACAAACUGCUAUUGCAACAGAGAUCGGAUGCAAAAAUCACUUUCCCAGAUUGUUUUACGAACACCUGUUGCAGUCAUCCCCUAAGCACACCACUGGAACUGGAAGAAAAUAAAGCAAUAGGCGUUCGACGAGCAGCACAAAGACGUUUGCAAGCAGAGUUGGGCAUUCCACUGGAACAGGUAACUCCAGAAGAAAUCUUCUACCUAACCCGAAUUCACUACAAAGCCAGGUCUAAUGGAAUCUGGGGAGAACAUGAAAUAGAUUACAUCCUCUUUGUGCAAAAGAACGUGAUGCUGAAUCCAGAUCCAAAUGAAAUUAAAAGCUAUUGUUACGUAACACAGGAAGAACUAAAGGAACUCCUGGAAAAGGCUUCUCAAAAUGAAAUUAAGAUUACUCCCUGGUUCAAACUGAUUGCAGAGACUUUUCUCUUCAAGUGGUGGGAUAACUUGGAUCAUCUGAAGAAAUUUGUGGAUCAUACUAAAAUACACCGAAUGUAGAAUUAAAUAUGCUAAUCUGAAAUGGGGCAGUAGCUUUUUUAAACACUGAAGUGACACUUUUGAAUUAAUGUUUAAUAUAUUGUAAUGGCAAUUUAAACACAAGAAGUCCCAUACAAAUGAAGGGCAAUUGCUCGGA